AUGGAGAUUGAGGAGAUAGGUAGUACAUCUUAAUAAAAUAAAUAAUAGCAAUAAUAGUAUUUAACAUUAUUGGCUAAUGAGGAAGUAGAUAGUAAUGCCAUUAAAGCUAAAAUCAAAAAUAUUUAUGAGAAAAGGGCUGAUACAUAAGAUGUUAUUGAAUUUGAUAAUCCUGUUGAAAUCUACAUAUCAAAUAUGAGAUUCAUCAUAUCAAUCAUUACAAAAGAUAAUAAAAAUGAUUAAAAGAGCAUAUUUUAUAAAGAUAUAAAUAACUUUAGGAUAGAAGAGCUAAAAGACCCAAUUAAAAGCUACAUAACUUAUUCAUAAAUAAAAUUUGAAAAAGAUUCUAAAUCUACUUAGAUGAUUUACACUUUUGAUAAUAUAACUUAAAAAGAUGCAAAAAUUCUUACAGAUAAAGUAAUAGAGGAAGAGGAAAAAAGAGUAAUUAAGAGACUUGCUAUAUUAAAUUAGUGCUUGGUAGCAAAUGAAGUUGUAGAAUGCAAACCAAUAGAAGUUAAACUCAAAGUUAUAUUAGAAAAGAAGUCAACUGAAAGCGAAGCUUACUCAAAUAAUGACUAUAAUAUGGCUUAUUCUGAGUUUUAUAUUACAAAUUAUCGUUUUAUACUAAUUAUAUAUGGUUAAGACGAUGAUUCAUAUAUUGAAAGAAGCAUUUUUUAUCAAUCUAUUGAUAACUUUUAGAUAGGAUUUUUUAAAGAAUCCUUCAGUCAAAUCUAAUACAAUACAGACAACAAUUAAAUUGAAAUAUUUAUUUUUGUAGGAAGGCUUUAGUAAUAAGAUUAAAAAAAGUUAACUGAUUCCUACGAAAAAUAUAAAAGUCUUUAACAAACAAGUCCAGCUCCUUAAGAGCUAGAAAUUAUAGUGAAAAAAAAGAUACUUGAAAAAGAUUAAAAACUUAACUCCUUCUAUAAGCACGCUGUUUUGAACAAAAAGAUUCUGACUGAAGAACAAUUUUGGAAAAAUCAUGAAGAAUAUCAAAAGUUCCUUAAGUAUAAAUAGAGAGAUGAACAAAAAAUUAAAAGAGAUUACCUUGAAAAAGAAAUACCUACAGUUCGUAAGGAAAUAAACUUUCCAGUAGAAGUGGACCAGUUAGAUGAUAGAAUUAACAAGUUUAACUAAUUUAGAAAAGAAAUAUAUGACCCAAUAGGCCAAAUUGAAGAUCAAAACUUAAAGAGCUUUUAGCAAUAUAAAUAAGACGUUUACUUUUUUGGGCAAAUUGAUAAUUAGAGCUAAAAAAUCAUUCAAAAUUAAAAAAAGAUUUAAUCAAGUUAAAUAGAAGAAAUCAACAUAGAUGAUAAAAAUCAUUCGAAUAUGCAUCAUCAACAUAUAGAAAUUGUAGAGCAUUCCCUUGACUCUAUUUAGGUAAAUAAUGUAAGACCAUAGGAAAUGAAAGCAGAAGAAUAUUAGAGAAAGCUAACAUAAAAUGCUGAACUUGAAAAAUAAAACAAAUUGUAAUCAUUCCUCCAAAAUGUUUAAAUAUAAUCAAAUUAAAGAUCUCAAGGUUUACUCAGAGAAUUUAAAUUUGGAGAAAUAAAUGACUCCUAGAAUAAAGAAAAAUAAUAAGAAGCUUUAAAAAAAGUAGGGUAAAGAGUUUAAUCGUCUUGGAAAUAAGCUUUUGAGUGCUUAUAUAAAUUAAAACCCCUUUCUGAAAAAGAAUAGUAAUCGAGUACAUACAAAACAAAUUAUGAAAAUUAUUAAGAAUUGUUCUACCGAUGCAGAGAAAUUUUACGCUGGUUAUAUAAAGAAUAAAAUAAUGGGGAUAAGGCUAGACCUGAAGUAAUUGAUACCCUCAAAUCAGAGCUUGAGCAGACAAAAAAUAUAAUAAAUGAAGAACUUAAAAAAGUAAAUGAAUCACUAAAAUAAAUAAGCGAAUAGAAAGAUAACAACAAUAAAGAAGCUAAGGAUAUAUAUCUUCAAUCUAAAGAAAGAUUAUAAGAUUUGCUUGAUUCUUUCGUAUUUAAAUAGCCUAAUAUUUGA